CGAGACCGAGCUGCGGCUCCUAGCGCGGCGCGGCGUGGCGGCUCCUCCCGCCCGGGGUCAGCGCCCCGGCGCGCGCACGCGCACCCCUGCCGCCCGAACGCGCCUCGCGCCGCCCGCGCAGUCGGUCGGUCGACCGUCCGUCGUCCUGUCGCCGCUGCCACUGCGGGCGCCACCUGAGGGAGCCGCCGCCGCGGGACCCGAGAAGACCGGACCCGACCCUACCUCCCAAGGCUGCCCGGGGCCCAGCAGCCACCCGCGGAGGCGCCUAGCAACUUCGGUUGAUCAGCACGUUGACGCAAGUUGCCUUCUGACGUAGCUGCCACCAUGGCCAGCUGGUAGGACCAGUGUCCCAUGCCCAGAAGCCAGUUCAGAAUGACCGAAGAAGCAUGCCGGACACGGAGUCAGAAACGAGCACUUGAACAGGACCCAGCAGAGGAUGAUGUGGAGAGCAAGAAAAUAAAAAUGGAGAGAGGAUUGUUGGCUUCAGAUUUAAACACUGAUGGAGACAUGAGAGUGACGCCCGAGCCAGGAGGAAGCCCAGCCCAAACAUUGCUGAAGGGGACAGAGGUGACAGCCAUGGGCAGAGGUGAAGGGCCAGCAGGUGACGGGCCUGUGGACAUGCGCACCUCACACAGUGACAUGAAGUCCGAGAGGAGAGCCCCCUCGCCUGAUGUGAUCGUGCUCUCUGACAACGAGCAGCCUGUGAGCCCAAAGGUGAAUGGGCUUCCAAAGGAGGCCUUGCAGGAGACCAGCACCGAGGCCCUCAUGAAAAGCAGUCCUGAAGAACGAGAAAGAAUGAUUAAGCAACUGAAAGAAGAGUUACGAUUAGAAGAAGCAAAACUUGUUUUAUUGAAAAAGUUGCGGCAGAGUCAAAUACAAAAGGAAACUACCACCCAGAAGCCCACAGGCUCCGCUGGGAGCACUGUGACCACCCCUCCUCCGCUUGUGCGGGGCACCCAGAACAUUCCUUCCGGCAAGCCAUCACUUCAGACCUCUUCGACUCGAAUGCCUGGCAGUGUCAUUCCGCCGCCCUUGGUCCGAGGCGGGCAGCAGGCAUCCUCGAAGCUGGGAACUCAGGCGAGCUCACAGGUCGUCAUGCCCCCGCUCGUCAGGGGGGCCCAGCAAAUCCACAACAUCAGACAACAUUCCAGCACGGGGCCACCGCCGCUCCUCCUGGCUCCCCGGGCGUCCGUGCCCAAUGUGCAAAUCCAAGGGCAGAGGAUCAUCCAGCAGGGCCUUAUCCGUGUCGCCAAUGUCCCCAACACAAGUCUGCUCGUCAAUAUCCCGCAGCCCUCCCCGGCCUCGCUGAAGGGGACGACAGCCACCUCUGCUCAGGCCAACUCCACCCCCACCAGCGUGGCCUCUGUGGUCACAUCUGCUGAUUCUCCAGCCAGUCGACAGGCGGCUGCCAAGCUCGCGUUGCGCAAACAGCUGGAGAAGACGCUGCUAGAAAUCCCCCCUCCCAAGCCCCCCGCCCCAGAGAUGAACUUCCUGCCCAGUGCUGCCAACAACGAAUUCAUCUACCUGGUUGGCUUGGAGGAGGUGGUACAGAACUUGCUGGAGACGCAAGCGGGCAGGAUGUCGGCGGCUGUUGUGCUGUCCCGUGAGCCCUACAUGUGUGCACAGUGCAAGACGGACUUCACUUGCCGCUGGCGGGAGGAGAAGGGCGGCGCCAUCAUGUGUGAGAACUGCAUGGCAUCCAACCAAAAGAAGGCACUCAAAGUGGAACACACAAGCCGGCUGAAGGCUGCCUUCGUGAAGGCGCUGCAGCAGGAACAAGAGAUCGAGCAGCGCCUCCUACAGCAGGGCACGGCUGCUGUGCAGGCCAAGGCUGAGCCCACCAGCGCCCCGCACCCCACACUGAAGCAGGUCAUAAAACCCCGGCGUAAGUUGGCGUUCCGCUCAGGAGAGGCCCGCGACUGGAGUAACGGGGCUGUGCUACAGGCCUCCAGCCAGCUGUCCCGGGGCUCGGCCACGACACCCCGAGGUGUCCUGCACACGUUCAGCCAGUCACCCAAACUGCAGAAUGCAGCCUCAGCCACAGCCCUCGUCAGCAGGACCGGCAGACAUUCCGAGAGAGCCGUGAGUGCCAGCAAGGGCAAUGCCACCUCCAACUGGAAGAAGGCACCCCUGAGUACAGGCGGGGCCCUUGCGUUUGUCAGCCCAGGCUUAGCGGUGCACAAGACCUCCUCGGCUGUGGACCGCCAGCGGGAGUACCUCCUGGACAUGAUCCCGCCACGCUCCAUCCCCCAGUCGGCCACGUGGAAAUAGUGUGAGCCGGGCCCAGUGGAGAAUAGGCUCCCUCCUCCCUCCCACCUGGCCCACUACCCUCCACUCGGGAAGACACCCUGCUUCCCGAGAGAGCGAGCAAGCGUCGGCCACACUGCGGAAGCAAGAGCUCCGUUCUUGGCUGCAGAGUCUCAUCGCUGCAAAGUCUCGUCGCGGCUGGGGGGCCGCUUCACAGGUGGACGAGGAUUAUCACUGGGGGACCUUUCCCAUGGGCUUUCCUCCUUUCCUUGCCUUUAGUUUGCCCAACACCAGCAGAAAAGCGGACUUCGGGAGCUGGUUGUGCUCCCACCCUCUCCUUCAGCUUCCACAAGGCGCACAGGCAGCCUGGAUACUGUGACACUCAGGCAAGACUGGUGCCCAGGGCUUCUGAAGUCGAGCGGAGCAUUCUGUUUUGUUUUUGCUUUUUCCCGUCUUAGCCUCCCAAUUUUUGACUGCCUUCCUUCACGGCAAUCUCUAGGUUGACAGAUUUUUUUUUUUAAUCACCUCACGAUGAUGGAGUUUAAAGUAAACCGUGCAGACCCAGAGGUUCCUGCCAAGCACAGCCCCCAUGCCCCAGAGGGUGGGCUGAUGACCGACCCACCAGCUCUCGCCCACUCCAGCGGAAGGCUUGUGCUGCUGCUUUUCCCAGAGACCCCGGACCUCCCACACUUAGCAGAAGAACAAACUGUAACUCAGACCCAGCCAGAGCACCCAGGAUCCUGGAAGCCACACUGCUGCUUAUGGAGGAGGGAGGAGAGAAUCAGCAGCAAUAUCCAGAGCCUGAGCGGGAAGUUGGAGGGGCAGGCUGUUGUGGUUUUUUUUUGUUGUUGUGGUUUAUUUUAUUAAAUUUUUUUCCUUUCUUUUCCUACUUAUUUUGAUGGACAACAUCCCAAGCUGCCCUGGCUUGUGUCAGGUGGGAAGGCGCCCCUGCCCUCCACAGACUUCAGGGUUUCCGUUUGGGUCUAGUUUAGAAUCUUCCCUUAAAGCAGGGCCAUGCUGCCAGCGUUUGCCUUCAGACUUUUUUUUUUUUUUAACCCUUUUUAGAGUCUACAGAAAUGUCUUACAAAGGAUCAGGUCUGCUCUUAGUUGUGUUUCAUUUUGGUUUCUCCCACUCCUUAAAAAUCAGUUCCAUGAGGAAAGGCAGAAGUUGUCCUGUAUGUGCUGUGCACGUGGCCAGUUCCAUGCAGGUGUGAGGGUGUCCCAUGCGUACAUGUGUGUCAACAUGGAAACAAGUACGCCGCUCCCCACUUCAGCUCCAGCCCUGGUUUUCCUGUCCAAAUUAAGUUAGGGACUUAAUUUAAAAUCCUUAUUUUGUAGGGCCGCCUUCUUCGAACAUACUGCUUCAACAUUCUAAUAAAGGCUCAUUUAACCCCCUCUCUCAUGUUGUGUGAAUAUCAGUGUUUAGAAAACAUUUUUGACUUGCUGUAGAAGACUUAGGUUAGAAGACGUAGUUUUACAAAGUGUUCUAAGUUUUUGUUGUGUAAAACCCAAAGUUCUCAUUGAUUUUUGUUUUGGGUAGGUGGGCUGAAGGAGGGAAGGGUUGCUUUCAUGACCAGAUCCAGGGAUUUGGGGGGAAAGAGGGAAAUUGACAUUCAGGAGUGGGGGGACAGGGUGUGUUUUUACACCAAAAAAUCAAGAGUAUGCAAGCGUUUCUAUUGCUCGCAUUUUUUCUGUGUGCCUGGCAAAUAAAUACCUGUCUUAUACUA